AGCCAGGCGGCCCACAUGGCCCCGACGCGGUAGCCUAGCGCGUCGCGCUGCCCCCCCUCUUCCCGCGUCGGGGCGCUCACCGUGCCGCCAUGGGGGACGACUGGGACGAUGACGAAUGGGACGACGCCAAGGCGACAAAGGCGCCCCAGAAGGAGUCCUGGUCCGACGAGGAGCCGCGGCGUCGAAGCCAGCGCCGAAGGCAGCUGCCAAGGCGUUCGAACCCGCAGCGAGAGCCGCUGAGAAGAAGGAGGAGGACGCCAAGAAGCCCACGGCCGCGGAACCGGACGCGGUCGUCAUCACCAAGAACUCCUUCGAGGACCUGGAGUGCAACCGGCAGGCUGAUGUGGACAAGCUGUGCCAGCUGGUGGUGCGCCGGGGACAUCUCCACGCGCUCGCUGCUGUUCGAGUGCUCUGCCCGGGCUUGUUUCUGUCGCGAGGGAUCGUGAAGAAGCUCAAGACCGCAGACGCCAAGCACGCGAAAGCAAAGUUCCUGCACGACAUCAUCAGGGGCAUGCAGGGCAAGAUCACGCUUCCGGAGGCCGAGUCCCUCCAUAAGACGUGCAAGGACCUGUGGACGAAGCGGAAAAAAGUGGAGGACGCGAAAGAGAAGGCGAAGGCCGAGGAGGAAACCCAGGGCAAGAAGGCCGAGCUGGAGCAGCAGGAGGUGGCCGACGACGACUUCUUCGCCUCGUUCAUGUGAGUCUCCAAGGCGAGAUGGCCGCCCGCGGCGGCCGGCCCGCUCGGCUCCCUCGCCCCGCGCGCGCGGAGCCGCGGCCGCAGCGCCGCCGCCCGGCGGCCGCGUCGCGAGCGCCGCCGCUCGCGUGCUGCGCCGGCCCGUAAAUCGUCCGCGUCUCGCGCACCCGACGCCCCUGGCGCGCGCGCGGGGGUCCGCCGUGACGCGUUCGCUGCGACGGUGCUGCUGGAGGCUGGAGCCAAGAAAGAAGAGUUCACAGGAGGAACAGGAACGGGAAACGCUGCCCUUGCCUCGUUCUCGCCUUUCUGGGCUUCUGGGAGGCCUCGUUGUCACGGCUGGAUUCGCUUCGAA